GGCACCGCCGGCCUCCCGCCGCCAGGCCGCGCCCGCUCCCGCUGCCGGGAGGGCCGGAAGGGGCGGCCGGGCCCCGCCGUGCCCCGGAAGGCGGCGGCCACACGUGGCGGCGGGGGAGCCAUGGCCGGGGACACGGCAAAGCUCCACCGCGGGCAGGUGCGGAAGGCGGUGGAGGCCCUGCUGGCUUUCUCCAAGAGCAAGGCGAAGGGAGACGAGCUGCUCCUCAACGAGAGCGACUGCCUGCACCUGCUGGUGACCGUGUGGAAGAUCCCGCGAGUGGAGCAGGUCAUCAAAAUACCUCUGCCACAUAGCAUCCGAACAGAAACAGCAGAGAUUUGCCUGUUCACAAAAGAUGAACCGAAUUUGUCUGCAGAACAGACUGAAAAUCUAUACAAGAAACUUUUAACACAGAAUGGGAUCACAAAUGUUAGCCAGGUGAUCUCAUACAAAACUCUCAAAAAAGAGUAUAAACCAUUUGAAGCAAAGCGUCGCCUCCUGAACAGAUUCGAUCUCUUCCUGUCUGAUGACCGAAUUAGAAGGCUUUUGCCCUCACAUAUAGGAAAACACUUCUAUGAAAGGAAAAAGGCGCCAUUAUGUGUUAACCUAAAAGCCAAAAAUCUUGCUAAGGAGUUUCAAAAACAUAUCCAGGGUACAACACUCCCAGUUACCAACAAAGGGUGCUGUUAUACAGCACGUAUUGGUCACACUGGAAUGAAAGCUGAUGAGAUAGUAGAUAACAUCAUUGCAGCAGCUAAAGUGAUUGAUAAGAAGUUACCAAAGAACUGGAAAAAUGUGAAAGUUCUUCACCUCAAGACACUUAAAUCAGUUGCACUUCCAAUUUUUACUGCACGUAUCUCCAAUUUAAAUGAGCUUGACAGACAGCCAGUUGUCGACAGAAAGGAAGGAGAGAAAGGGAAGAAGAAGAAGAAGAAGAAAACAAAAAAGACAGCUAAAAAAGUAAAUUCAAGUCAAGUUGCUGUGAAAACGGAAAAUAAGGAUGUUGCUGCAACCCAGGAACUUGUGAUUAAAGAAAAAGUAGAAGUAGUCCAAGAACCAGAUGAACAUAAUGAUGAAGAAGAAAUUCCACAACUGGUGCCCAUGCAAAUAACCACCCUAGCUGAGCUAAAGGAAGUGGAACCAAAUCAGAGUCCUGUGGAAAGUGACAACCUGGGCAAGAAAACAAAAGCAACCCUUGGUAAGAGAAAGAAACAACCUCUAGAUGCUGAGGCUCCAAAACCAAAACAUGCAGAUGUGCAGAUGUCACCAAAACAGAAAAAAGCCAAGCAGCCCAGCAUGCCAAAGGAAGCAAUAAAAGAAAAAGAGCUGAAAAAGACUCCCAAAAAGCCUGAAGCAAAGUCUUUUGCAACACCUAAAGCUGGGAAACUAGUACAGUCAGGCAAGAAACCUUCCAAAACACCAAAGCAAACACCCAAGAAAGUGGGCAGGCCACAGUCAGCAUGAUUGUUGUCUAUUGUAACUUUUUAUAUAGUAAUUCAGUUAUGUCUUUUAGAAAGCAAGCAUAUUCAUGAAAUAACGUACCUUGUUAAGAAAAUCUCAUCCGAAGAGCUUUUUUCACUGACUUGUAAUGAUUCAUUUGUGUUUUCUUCUAAUGGAUGAGCUGGAACAAAUAAAUGCAUUCAUUUUAAUUGGCUUUGUUUAUUACCUUAUCUUUCUCCUAGUCCAAACGGAAAGCACCCAAAUUAAUUAGGUGUCAAAGAGCAGGGAAGGGACUAUUACAGAUAGAAGUAGAGAAAUAUUGUGAAAGCGAUGUUUUCCAGAAGUAUAACUUGGCACUGGUAUGAAAAAGGGCUGAAAUAAAACCCACGUAUCCCAAGAAAGACAAUCUAACAUGAUUUAAAACAUGAAAUCACUGCUGCCAUUUUUCUUGAAUUGUUCAAUAUAACGAAAAUAUGUUAUUACAGAUAUUCAAGUUAGCAGCCUGAUUACAAGCAAAAGCUUUGUUUUGUUGUGUUUUUUUUUUUUUUUAAGCUAUUUUUAUCAAGGGUAUAUGCAUAAAUUAUGGACAAUUUUAAAACCAGCAAUUCUUGACUUCAAAGAACUGUCACUAUGAGAGGGGGAUAAAAUAUACUGGUUGCUGUCUUUCUCACACUGCAGAAACUUUAUUGGAAUGUUUUGGGUUCUUUUUCAGUAUUAAGUAAUACAAUUUUUUUUUUCCUAAUA